CACGUUAAGCCCCAUGCGAAACCGAAGUUGUAGUGUUAUGCGACAACUUUCUGUCCGGCGCCUGUCGAAUGCAGCUGAAAACCAUUUAAGGCUGACCCCUUGGUGUAAUUACAAGUCCGAUCAUAGUGAACUACCACUCACUUGGCAUCCCCAUAGGCGAAUUUCUUAUGCAAAACUUAUACUCAAAGGGCAAGGACUACGAAAUUUGUUUAAAGUUGACCAACUGAGUGGUUGUUGUUUUGCAAAGGGGCUUGGUGUUGACGUGAGAUCUUAGUUGUGUGGGGCCUCGUAUGUACCUCUUGGCGGAAUCUACUACAUCAAAGUAGCUAUUUUGUCAAUGCGCCUGCUAUUUGAAGCUCGCCUACAGUCUUGGUAUAACGCUAGGUGGGGGCGAAUUAACAAUUCGAAGAUCGCUUUAUCCAAGAUCUCAGCCUCGAAUUUCUUCAUAUGAGAGUAUAAGUAUCAGUCAAACACUGCGGUAUUGCAUUUGGCCACACAUUCACAGACAGGUCAAUCACUCACUCAAUCACUCAGACAUUCGCUUGUUUCCAAAUUACACUAUAUUCAUACAUCUCGUCUGUCGUUACUCCAACUGCCUGAAAGCUGUAUCGGGUCGUCAUGAUCAAAUAUUUGACCGCGUUGCUCGCAAGCGGCAGCGUUGCCAGUAGCUCUCCACUGGCAAAUACGAAAGAAUACGAUUAUGUAAUUGUCGGAUCAGGUCCUGGAGGCGGGCCUUUGGCAGCUGGAUUAGCAGAGAAAGGAGCUUCUGUAUUUCUUAUUGAAGCCGGCGGCGACGCUUCAAUGGAUAUCAACCAGCUACUAGCGCCUCGUGUUCAAUUUGCCGGGGAGAAUGCUCCCCAUUCAUGGCAGUUCUUUGUUGAGCAUUUCGAGAACGAUACUCAGGCUUUGCGAGAUUCCAAGUAUGCUUAUCGCAUGAGCAAUGGUUCCUACUACGUUGGAUUGGACCCCCCGAGCGGCGCUGAACGUGAAGGUAUUCUUUAUCCUCGAGGUGCCACGCUCGGAGGCAGCGCACAGAUCAAUGCCAUGAACGCUGCUUGGGCACCUGAUAACGAAUGGGAUUAUAUUGCCGAACUCACAGGCGACAGUUCUUGGGGGCAUGAGGAGAUGCGCAAGCACUUGAUAGCUCUCGAAAAUGCUACUUAUGUCCCCCAAGGCACUCCAGGGCAUGGCCAUGAGGGCUUCCUCCAGGUCAGCAACCCUGGAAACAAUGCCGAAGUCGCAUUUCCCAAUGUCGCGAACUACUACAGCCAAGUGCUCCGUGAAAUCGAGGGUGUUGCUCCCAACAGUACAGAAGAGUUGAUUCGACUCCUGAGGCGCGACGUAAACAGGAUCGACCCUGAUCGCUAUACACCUUCAACAGUUGCUGCUCCAGCUGCCAUGAACCCUUCUACUGGUUCGCGCAGUGGUGUCGCUGAACAUCUUAACAACAUUGUUGCUGCGGGACAUCCUCUCACUAUCAGUCUGCAUUCGCUGGCACAAAAAAUCAUCUUCGAAGAAUGCGCGGAGGGGAUUCCUCAAGCAGUUGGUAUUGAAUAUCUGGAAGGCGAGGGACUUUACUCAGCUGGUGGGCAGUAUGACGAGUCACAGCAGGGUGAGCUCAAGACUGUGCGUGGCAAGGAGAUCAUCAUUUCCGCUGGCACAUUCAACACGCCCCAGAUAUUGAAGUUGAGUGGUGUUGGUCCUCGCGAAGAGUUGGAGGAACAUAACAUCCCUGUUGUUGUUGACCUUCCCGCUGUUGGAAACUACAUGCAAGACAACUACGAAGCCUCGGUCGAGAUCCGUGCAGCAGAGCCCUGGCUCAAUGCCACUACGCCCUGCACUGGAAGCUUCGAUGCUUCGGAUCCUUGUUUCCUCAUGUGGCAGACCAACGGCACCGGUCCUUACGCCUCAGGAUCCUAUUUCCUCUACACUGCCCGCAGUAGCGUCUCAUGGGACGAAGAUGCAGAUCUUUUCUUCCUCAGUGCGCCUACUCGCCAGAGGUCCGGCUUUUUCCCAGGCUAUUCCAAUGGAACCGCUCACCCGAACUACUGGACUACUUCAGUUGUCAGAAUGCAAACAGCCAACCCCGCAGGCACUGUGAAGCUUCGAUCCAACGAUCCUCGUAUGACACCUCUCAUCAACUUCAACUUCUUCAAAGAGAACGCCGAGACAGAUCUCCAAGCCCUAUCCGACUCGGUCGAUCUGGUUCUCCGCAGUUUUGAUAACACUGGCAUUCCCUAUGAGGUUAUCUAUCCCAACCCCAGCAUCCCCGUGGAACAGGGAAUCAUGGAUGAGGCAUUCAGUCACCACGCCACCUCGAGCUGUCGCAUGGGCCCUCCAGAUGCAACUGCCUCUGAAGCCUGCGUCGAUACUAAGUUCAGGGUCAAGGGCACCAAGUCACUUCGUGUUGUGGAUGCUAGUGUUUGGCCUCGUGUUCCGGGAGCGUUCGUUAACUUACCGACGUUUACGAUGAGCAUGAAGGCUGUUGAUGUGAUUUUCAAUGGAAAGUAG